GGCGCUUCGCUCUUUGACCCUCUGCGCGGCCCGUCGCGGACGUAGGGCGGGAAAGUCUGACUCGGCAGCGGGCUGCCUGCCGUGGGCGUCCGCCGCGAUGGAGGAGGAGGUGGAGGCCGAGCAGGAGCAGCGGUUCUCUCACCGGCAGAGGCUAAAGGCUGCAGUUCACUACACGGUCGGCUGUCUUUGUGAGGAAGUUGCGUUGGACAAACAGGUGCAGUUCAGCAAGCAGACCAUUGCGGCCAUCUCGGAGGUGACUUUUCGACAGUGCGAAAAUUUUGCCAAAGACCUUGAAAUGUUUGCCAGACAUGCGAAAAGAAGCACAGUCACCACUGACGACGUGAAGCUCUUAGCCAGGCGGAGUAAUUCACUGCUAAAAUACAUCACAGAGAAAAAUGAAGAGAUUGCUCAGCUUAACCUAGAGCGAAAGGCCAAGAAGAAAAGGAAGCCAGAGGAUGAAAACAGGAACUCCAGGGAGCCUGAUGCUGAAGUGAGCACCGACUUGAGGACCGCCAAAGAGGAUGGGUGGCUGCAGUGCCAGAGGCAAGUGGCUGUCAGCCUUCGGGCUGCUGCUGCUGCUCUGGGGGGCUGCAGCCACUGCGCUUCCCCUGGAGAGGGGUCCCCCUGGCCAGGACAGUGUGGUGAGGACAGUCCCUGCUCUUGCACAGGAAGCUGCAGAAGGGAAGAGGAACGGCCUCCUGACUUUCCUUGCCUGGUGGCAUGGUUGGACCUCCCAAGCCAGCUCCAGCGCCCUCCUCGGAGGGGAUGCCAGCGAAGUGUCUGAGUGGCAGGAAAGCCCACCUCUCCAGCAGCCCCCACGCCGGGAUAAAAAGCCUUGCAAGAAUUUCUUCUGGAAAACCUUCUCCUCUUGCAAGUAACCUCACCCUGGCCAAGCCACCCUGUGAAAUGCAACCAGUCUGAAUAAAGGAUGUCAGGCAACAUG